AGAUGUGUAUGUGUCAUUUUCUUGUGGGGACUCCCUUGGUGUCGCUCUCUCUUGAUGAGUUAUUAACUGUGACAAUAAAGCAGUGAAUUAUUAUUUUUUUCCUUCCACACCACAGUAUGGAGGAGAUGAAAUAUUAGAGCACAAGUUCAGCGCAUUACAAGUGGACCCAGUAGGCCUGAACGCUUCACCUGUAAUUCUUGUCUCAUCAGCCUCAGGUGCCAGCAUGGAUGUGGAGGACGAGCCGCUGCUGUUUCAGACCAGCUGGGGAGGCGAGGAAGAUGAGGAGGAGCAGGAGGAAGAAGAUGGAGUAGCACACGCAGCAGGACAGAGCUGUUUCUCUGGGGAGGCUGGGGUGUGUGGACUGUGGAGGGCAGUGGGGUGGGUGUACACACAGCCCUGGGCCAGUGGAGUGGUUUUAGGGGUUGUUGUCUCACUUCCAUGCGCCCUGUUCGCCUACAUGCUCCUCUACUGCCCUCCUCUGGACAUAGACCUCUCCUACAGUGCCUUUGAGGUUCACAGUCACUUCUCUGCCGAGCGCUUCGACGCCCUCACCAUCGCUGUAAAGACUCAGUUGGGGUCCUGGGACAGACGUAAGCGAGACUUAGAUAACAGCGAGUCUGAGGCCCUGAGGGAGCUUCUGCUGGAGAGGCUGAGCAGACAGGGAGUAUUCAACAGGACAAAUAACGAGGGCGUGAGGUCCCCCACUCCUAAAAAUGACCCUUUACACACAGGAGAUGAUCAGAAGAGAGGAGCCGCAGCCAGCAGAGAUAAUAGGACAGUGCUUGAUAUGGGUCAGGAGGAAAUGGAGAAGCACAAUAACUCAAAUCACAGAGCAGAGGAGGAAGCGGAGAGAUCAUGGGAUGGAAACUCCACUCUGCCGCUCAUUAGGAGGCGCAGGUUUGCUCCCAAUUACUACCUGCAGAGUCAGGCUCUGUGGAGGAUAGAGCUGGUGUUUGUGGCUCAAGGGGAGGGCGACAGCAACAUCUUCACCCCGGAACGCCUGCAGACGAUUCACCACGUUGAGCGCAUGCUCAUGCAGCACCCGCAGUUUCAUCAGUUCUGCUGGAAGCCUCUGGAGAUGUUGAGGGAUUUGCCUCUGGGACCGUCCUACUGCUCCCCACCCAGCUCAGUCCUGUCUUACCUGUACCCCAGUGAGAGAGGAGGGAAGAUAUACUAUGAUGGCAUGGGCCCAGAUCUCGCUGAUAUUCAAGGUUCUCUGAGUCUGGCCAUCACCCACCCACAGUUCUACUGGUACGUGGAUGAGAGUCUGUCCCCUGAGCAUCUCACCUCCUCUCUCUUACGCAGUGAGAUCCACUUCGGAGCUCCUCUCCCUUCCUACUACUCCCUGCAGGACCGAGCUCACGAGCAAAGAUCACUCUUCAAAAACUUUGUGGUUCAGUAUGCAGACAUCCUAUCCAAGCAAUCUACCAGCCAGGUGAAGGUGCUGUAUGGGGGGACAGAGCUGUUCGAUGAUGAGGUGAGACACACCUUCCACAAUGACAUGAUGUUGGCUGUUAUCAGCGGAGCCUGCAUUACUGUGCUCGUCUAUGUCCUUACCUCCUUUUCUGUGUUUCUGACUUUCUUUGGACUCGCUAGCAUCGGACUGAGCUGCCUGAUGGCUCUCUUCUUGUACCAUGUUGUGUUUGGCGUGAGGUACCUGGGCAUUCUCAAUGGAGUUGCAGCCUUUGUUAUUAUUGGUAUUGGGGUGGAUGAUGUAUUUGUGUUCAUCAGCACCUUCAGACAAGCUUCUCAUCUGCGUCAGCCGCAGCAGCGAAUGAUCUACACAAUUAAAACAGCCGGCCGAGCGACUUUCCUCACCUCCUUCACUACUGCAGCUGCCUAUGCUGCCAACACCUUCUCUCAGAUCCCAGCCGUGCAUGACUUUGGGCUGUUCAUGGCCCUUAUUGUCAGCUGCUGCUGGCUUUGGGUUUCCGCCCUGAUGCCCGCCGCCCUGUGUAUCUGGACUCAGUGUGUGGAGCCUCAGGAACACACCUGGUUGAACUGGGGGAAGCUGUUUUCGGGCCUGUCAGCGAGCCACGGCCCUUUGUCAGAUGAGGAUGAUGAUGUGGCACUUCUGUCAGUGGAGAUGGAGCCAGGCUCCUGUGACACAGACGGCGAUGCGGCCAUUCUUUCCCUGUCAGUGGAGACACCUCUGUCCGCUCCAGGGCAGCAGCACAUGGGUGUGGUGAGCACAAAUCUCCGGUGGGCCCUAAAACACUUAGUGGCAGAGCCAGCUGUGGAGCGAAGGAAAACCGUUUUAGGUGUCUUCCUCCUGGUUCUGCUCUUAUCUGCCGGGUGCUGCUGUUUCCUGAGGCCAGCCACUCACGCCCCCCUUCUUUUCCGCCGGGACACAAACCUCCAGACUCUGCUGGCACUGAGGAGCAACCUCAGCGGUCAGGGUAUUUCCUGCCCCAUGUGCUCAGGUGUGUUCAUGGAAAAGCCCCAUCCUUUGUACACACACACUUCCUCAUCAGCAUUUAAGUUCUCUACACAUCAGCAGCACCCGAGCACAGCAACCUCCAAUGCUCAUCGGAGUUCAGCAAAACAAAAUUCAAGCACCAACCAAACUGGCUCUUUACUUACGGUGUACAUAUCAAAGUUGGAGCUCGGAGCCUCUACAACCCUUUACCGCUUCGCGCUCAACACCAGCACUCCCUCCCCGUGGAAACUGUGCAGCCCAGAGCAUGAAGAGGUGUCGUCGUUUCAGGCUUAUAAUCAACCCCGCGGCAAUUACACCACCAGAAUGACAGUGUGUGCUUCCCAUGUGUACCACCCGUACCCCAGCUGGAUGAUCACAUCCACCUCGUGUGAACCCCGUCAUGGCUGGACGCCAGAGUUUUCCUUUUAUGUAGCACCGUCUGUGCAGCAGCACGGCAGGAGAUUGUGCUUCGCCCAGCGCCGACUGAGACCUCAUCCCAGCCGCGUGUGUGUCAACCCGCCUGGCUGCGGCAUCAGUUCUGGGCCUGACGGACCCACACAAGGAACCUUUUAUAUUCCUCUUCCCAGUGAUCUUUCUUCUCCUGCCAAAAUGAAAUCAUCCAAAACCUUUGGUUUCAACCCGUGCAGUGGCGGUGCAUGUGGCCACCCAGCGGUGCGUCCUCUGGUCGACACUGGGGCGAUGGUAUUUGUUGUAUUUGGCAUCUUGGGAGUCAACCGAACCGAACACAGGGACAACCACGUUAUUGGAGAUAUGGGCAGCAUUAUAUUGGACCCAGACUUCGAUGUUUUCCAGGAAAUGGGGCGUCUUUGCAAAAUCUGUAAAGCUAUUAGUGCAAACACACAACUUGUGAAGCCAGGAGGAGCGCAGUGUUUGCCAUCAGGUAAUAAACUCUCGUCUAUUCUGCCUCUGCUCCAUCCUGAGUGUCACUCUCUCCCUGAGCCCAACCUGCUCCCGGGGCAGCUCUCCCACGGAGCGGUGGGAAUGCACGGUGGCAAGGUCCGCUGGCUGUCCAUGGCCUUUGAGUCUACCACAUACAAGGGCAAAUCCUCCUUUCAGACCCAUUCCGACUUCCUUCAGUGGGAGAACUUCGUCCAGGAGCAGCUCGCCUCCCUCCCGCAGUCCUCCGCUCUGCAACGGGGUUUCCAGACCUGCGAGCACUGGAAGCAGAUCUUCAUGGAAAUCAUAGGUGUGGAGAGUGCCCUCUGGAGUCUGCUGCUGUCUCUAGCCAUCUGUGUGGCAGCUGUGUCUGUGUUUACCGCACAUCCUCUGCUGCUGCUCCCAGUACUCAUAACCAUUCUAGGAGUGAUCUGUCAGGUGGUGGCGGUCAUGUAUUGGCUGGGCUGGGAGAUGGGAGCCGUGGAGGCGAUUUCUCUCUCUAUACUUGUGGGAUCUUCAGUGGAUUACUGCCUCCACCUGGUGGAGGGAUACCUGCUGGCCGGGGAGACCAUGAUCUCCACGCCUGGUCAUAACGCGGAGCCCGGGGCCGAGAGGCAGAGGCGAACCCUGGAGGCAGUGAACCAUGUGGGCGUUGCCAUAGUGUCCAGCGCAGUCACCACAGUGAUCUCCACAGUCCCUCUCUUCUUCUGUGUCAUUGUGCCUUUCGCCAAGUUUGGCCAGAUAGUGGCCAUUAACACCGCAGUCUCCAUUUUGUUUACCCUGACCGUGACCGUGGCCAUGUUGGCGUGCAUGGCCCCCGCCCGCUUCACCAGACCCCCCGGCGCUGUGCUGAAGGCCAGUCUGGCAGUGAUGGCGGUGGCAGCCUUGGGAGCGGCUCUGUGCUGGGUGGGAAGACAGUUCGGAGCGUCGGCCUGGCAAUCAAUCGGCGCGUAAACACAACUGUCCGCCAACUCACACUGAUGUCAGGCAGGGGAGUUCCUCUGUACGCAAAACUAUGAAAAAUGUAAGCACUCUA